GUUUGCAGAAGCGUUCGGGUGUCCGGUACGCAACCAUCGAAAAGAUGGCAAAAACAGCAUCAGCGAUGUCGGCGGUGGUGACGGUAGUGGCGUUGGCGGUUACGUGUUGUUUCGUGUUAGCGGCCGGUCAAGAUUCGGACGCGGCAGCGAUGAUGUUCUCCGAUGACAUGUCUAUGGGGCCGGACGAGCUGACCGCUCGGCCGCCGCCUCUGUCGCCGUCGUCCCCGGACAUGUCGCCGGCCGAUCACACGUCAACCGGCAAGUCGGGAGCCACCAACAUACAGAAAGUGUACAGGACGACCAAGGCGGUGGACGCGAUGUCGGCCAUGGUGAUGAUGAUGGCCGCGGCGACGGGCACGGACGCGGCAAAGGCGACGGGCACGGACGCGGCAAAGGCGACUGGCACGGUCGCGGCGAGGACGGCGGUCAACGACACAGCGACCAACGGCGUGCCCAACACUUCCGACCUGGAGUGGCUGUUGAACGUGUACAACCCGCACCGGUGGAACCCACUCCAACUUCCAGCCGCGUCUAAGCUGUCCGUCGAGUGCCGGGACGUCAUGAAGACUUACCUGGAAGCGCUGAGCCGGGGAUCGUUUUGGGCGGCUAAAAUGGCCGACGCUAGUGGACGUUAUUCGUCACAGCUGUUUUUCGGUAAUGAUUUUUGGUUGGGGUCUCAUACUCUCUGCAAGGAAUUACAGAACAAAGCGACCAAUCAAUAUGUGCCGCCGUUUGAAGCUGAAUUCUAUGUUGCGAAAUUGGCAAUAAAAUUACAUGAUCAAUUAACCCCUAAAACUAGAUUGAUUUCACUUGGUUUGUGUAUGCCAAAAGAUUGCAGUUCUACGGAUGUGCAAAAUAUGGUUAAUGUUACCAAGGAUGAUAGUGGAUCUAAUUAUCGCAGUUAUAGUGUGCUCAAUGUUAGAAUUGUUCCAGGUACAUACAGGUUGUGGUCGGAUAUUAAAUUUCAAAUAUUAUUGUUUGUUGUUGGGAUAGUAUCUUUAUUGACAGUGAUAGGAUCAGUAUAUGAAAUGAUAUUAGAACGUCGAAAAGUAAGAGAAUUAAAAAAAAGGCGUAUAGAUCAAGGUAACAAUAAUGAAAGUGAUUCUAAAGUGGAAUUUACAUUGGACAAAAUGCAUGCUAUUGAAAAGAUGCAUAAUAUGAAAGAUUGCGGAAAUGGUGGUGAAACGUUAUCAGACCAAGACAUGUUAUUUAAAGUUAGUCGCAACGAACAAAUUAUAUUGGCUUUUUCGGCUGUAAGUAAUGGCCGAAAAAUUUUACAUUGCGGACCAGCGCCAUCUGAAUCGUUGACUUGUGUACACGGACUUCGAUUUUUAAGUUUGGCGUGGGUUAUAAUGGUACACACGUAUUUACAAGUGUUUUCAAUCGCAGAAAACAAGACAUUACGGACAUUGACUGAGAGGAACUUUAUGUUUCAAACAGUGAGCAACGCAACAUUUUCAGUAGAUACUUUCUUUUUUAUCAGUGGUCUAUUGGUUACUUAUUUGUAUUACAAGACGACCAACAAAAAAGAUGGACCAGAAAUAGCUGUAUCUCGAACUCCGAAAUGUAGUUCUUCUAUUCUGAAAAAUGAUACGAUUAAAUUUUUAAAACUGCUGGGAUAUAGAUUUAUCAGAUUGACGCCAGCGUACAUGGUCGUUCUUUUAAUGGCGGAGGUGUCUAGCCGAUGGCUUCGAAACAUUUCCGUCUUUGAACCAGAGAACAACAACCACAUAAGUUGCGCUAAUUAUUGGUGGAGAAAUAUGCUUUACAUAAACAGCUUAUAUCCCAGAAGCGAAAUGUGCAUGUUGUGGAGUUGGUAUAUGUCCAACGACACGCAAUUUUAUGUUUUAGCAGUCAUACUACUACUUGUUUCUGCCAGACAUUUUAAAGGAGCAGUUAUUGGAUUGGUGGCGUUCUUAAUUGGAUCAUGGGUCGUCACAAUAUUUAUUGCAGUACAUUACAAUUUUAGAGCAAGGAUAGAGGAACCAUUUGGAUUAUUUGAUCAACUUUAUGAUAAACCAUGGUCAAGACUUGGACCAUAUUUGUGCGGCAUGUUCGCUGGAUGGUUUUUGUUUGUUACUAAAUGCAAAUUAAAAAUGUCUUUCUUAACGGUUGCCGUGGGCUGGUUCCUGUCGCUGUUCAGCUUGGCGUACCUGGUGUACGGACUUCACGUAGUGCACUUGGACCUAGCCGGUUCCGCCCUGUAUGCAUCCGUCGGUCAUUCAGCUUGGGGUGCUGCGCUCGCUUGGAUCGUGAUCGCCUGCUGCACCGGUCACGGGGGUUGUGUCAACUCGGCGCUAUCAUGUCGCCUACUCCAACCUCUUAGCCGUCUGACGUACUGUGCCUAUCUUGUCCAUCCCAUUAUCAUGACCAUGACCAACUUCCAAAUGGACGGCCCGUUGCACCUGCACAAUCUGAUCACGAUGAUAUUGUACUUUGGCAACGCAGUAGCGUCUUUCUUGUUGUCUUUCUUUAUUUCUCUCACAUUUGAAGCACCCGUGGUGAACCUGCUCAAAAUUAUGUUGACGCCACCGCGGAGGAAGAAAACCUCGAUGGAAAAAAACAGUUCCGAAUUACAAGACUCGUAACACUGAAAACUGUUAUAAUAACAGUAUAAAAUUUGUCUAAAGAUCUUUAAGUAUAGUUUAUAU